AUGGGAUCAUAUACGAGCUCGAAGGUUUAUGAUGUCAUUUCUGACACCGGUACCUCUUUCAUCGGAGGGCCAAAAACUGUGACUGAUGCUCUCGCAAAGGCGGCUGGUGCCAAGUACAGCGCUCUGCAAGAAUCCUACACUAUCUCCUGCACUGCUAAACCACCCACCCUUGACAUCACCAUCGGGAGCAACAAAUACUCUAUUGACCCUGUUAACUACAUUGUUAGCGCUGGCACUAAUCAGUGCUUGUUCGCCAUCUUCCCGUUCGAAUUCGGAGGUUUUGGACCAUCGUGGAUCCUUGGUGAUCCAUUCAUCCGCCAAUAUUGCAACAUCUACGAUAUCGGACAGAAGCGUAUGGGAUUCGCGAAAUCGUUACAAAAGUAG